CGUCAACACUAUACGAGCCAUGUUUUACCCUGGCUUGCUGCUAACAGUCAGAAAAUUUUGCAUAUGACUUUAAUUUUGCCAUCACCCAGACAGUAUAUCUUCACCUUUGCUUACACGGCCUGGAUGAACCCAGACCUUGAUUCCGCAGCGUCGGGACUUGCCUAAAGUCUAUAUUCUCAAACAACCUAAAUCCUCCUCAGAUCUAAGCGGGUGAUGAGUCGACGCGAAUAGCAUCACAAUCAUGCCUUCUGCAGUUUCACAAAAGAGUCACCAGCUCGGUGACUCAACUAGUGUCAGCCACUCUGACUCAAUUCCAACUCACCCUCUCGGUGUCAAGCCCCUGGGCAAUCAGUAUCUCGCCAAGGGGCCAAACGCCCGCAGAAGCAUCGGCUCAUGGGCGUGUUUGCCUGAAGAAAUCCUUGCUCUUGUUCUUGAGGGAUUCGACAAACACUCCCUGCUGAAUCUCGGAUCCACGUGCAAAUUCCUAUAUGCUUUCUGCCACUCUGAGGAGCUAUGGAAGGCCCUGUAUCUCCGGUCUCAGUCAACUAGCAGUCCAUCUAUAAACUGGCGGGGCUCAUGGAGGUCGACGGUCAUUGGGCUUCCUAAUGAAGAUGAAGCCAAAGUUGACUGCAGCAAUGUCUUCUCUGAUGUCCUGCAUCGACCUUUUGCCUGCAGCAACAUCGAUCUAGCAAACUUCGUCACAAAGAUACCAAAGGCAAAUGAAAUUCGCCGAUUUGAGAAUCUCACGUACGAAGAAUAUUCCGAGAAAUGGACCGAGCAGCCGUUUGUUUUAACAAACUGCAUACAAGAAUGGCCUGUCUACUCCCAGUGGACCAUCGAUUCGCUGCUUAAGAAGUACGCUGAAGCCGAGUUUCGUGCUGAAGCAGUUGACUGGACAUUUUCACAGUAUUGUGAUUAUAUGAAUAGGAACAUGGACGAAAGUCCCUUGUACCUGUUUGAUCGAAAGUUUGCGGAAAAGAUGGGGCUCGUAAUAGGACGCUCAGCAGAUGCUGCGUACUGGCGGCCCGAUUGCUUUGGACCGGAUCUCUUUGAGGUUUUGGGAGAUGAGCGGCCAGCUCAUAGAUGGCUAAUCAUAGGUCCUGAGCGCAGCGGCUCUACUUUUCACAAAGAUCCCAAUGGCACAAGCGCCUGGAACGCCGUGAUACAGGGGGCCAAGUACUGGAUCAUGUUUCCUCCAACAGCUGAAGUCCCUGGUGUCUAUGUCUCUGAGGAUAGCAGCGAGGUGACCAGCCCACUAAGCAUUGCCGAGUGGCUUCUCACGUUUCACAAGGAGGCGAGGCAAAUGCCUGAAUGCCAUGAGGGCAUCUGCAAUGCUGGGGAGAUUCUCCACGUCCCUAGUGGAUGGUGGCACCUGGUCGUGAACAUUGAAAAGGGCAUUGCACUGACACAAAACUUUGUGCCUCAGUCCCCCGGUCUCAACCUCGUCUCUGAAGUGCUAUCAUUCUUGAGAGAUAAACCCGACCAGGUGUCUGGCUUUUCCCGAGAUGUGGAAGAUCCUUUUGGGCUUUUUACGGCGAGGCUCAAAAAGGAGUAUCCAGAUGUUUUAGAGAGGGCCCUUGAACUAGCCGAUAAGAAGAGUGGCAGGAAGAGGAAAUGGGAUACUGCAGUAGGCCGAGAUGAAGAGCAGGCAGAAGGGUUCAGUUUUGGCUUUGGCGGUGAUGAUGAUGAUGAGAUACCUUGAUGGAUAUCGGCACAUGUACAACAGAAGAGAAAUAACUCCUUUGUAAUUUACGCCUAUGAAUUGAUGUGGAUUGUUAGC